GGAGAUGGAAAACCAAACCUCCGAGUCCCAAGUCUUGCCUGAGUUAGAACAAUUGUUCACUGUUAAGGUAAAGCCUUUCUUCGACAUUGUUUUUAAACAACGUUUAAGGGCCUGUUUACAUGAAAGUGUGGGGGACCCCAGGUAGGUGAGGUAACUCGCUUGGGUGGGGUAACGCGCCUGGCCAUAUAAAUGUUCAUUUUAAUUUGACCACGUUUACAUUAUCACGUAUCUGGGGUCCCCCACCUCCAUGUAAACAGGCCCUCAGUUAGAUCCUCGCUGGAAACAGAAGUAGGUAUUUAGGCUUCUACUUGCGCGAGGCUGUUAAACGGCAUCUCCGUUUGUUAAUUGAUGGUGAUGACUUUCUGACGUGUUUUUUACGUAACAUUAAAAACUAAAUGCUAAGUGUCGUUCCCUAGUUUCUGAUUCUGAGUUGCAAGGGAAAGCCUUCGUGGAAAUGUGUUUUAAAAGAUAGAUAAUUAGGCCUCUACCCUUGUCUUGAAAUUUCAUUUGGAAGUUUUCUGCUUUUGAAUGUCGUUUCAUGAUUUAUUUUGUGACAGGACGAGAAAGGGAACCUCGAACUUGAUAAUGUAAGAUCGUCCGUAGACUAUGAGUAGUCUCUCUUUUUUUCUUUGGGCUGCCGCCCUCGUUUCUCACGUGUCGUGGUUUCGCCGUUCGACUCACACUCGCGCACGGGUGCACUGCCCUCACUAAAUCUGAAGAAAAAAAUAGACUGUUCGCAUUCUAGAAUAUUGUUAAUGUUCUACAUUCAAAAGGUGCAAAAGGUUUUACACGCUCAGCAGCCUUCGUUUAUAAGGCCUCCAUUGCGGAGGAUUUCUGAGUUGGUGGUUAAUAAUUAGGUUAAAUGUUUUUGAAAUGAGAACCCAGCCCGUGCAAAGGAAGUAAAAUGGUGUUUAGCAUUGUUUUGUGAUUUUCGAGUUUAUGGUAGACUCAACACUGAAUUCCUUGUUCUAAAAUCCUGAAAUGCAGUAGCUGAACCCUUCCAUAUAAUAGUAUAUGACUUAAAUAAACUCCCCCUAUUACGGACUCUCGCUAAUGAGGACAGUAAUUUCACGGGCCGGUUGAUUGUAAUUCUGACUUAAUUUCUGUCUAAAUGUCAGGUCUGAAAGCGGGUGUGGAUUUUAGAGGUCAUGUCUGAAAAAGGGUGUGGAAAAUGACACUUUUUGUUCUGAAACAGGGUCAGGAUUUGGAGAACUAGGCGGCACACCCCCACCGAGAAUUACCCGGAGUACCCCCUGGGAAGCGAAACAGCUGUGUCUUUCUCCAAUUUUCUAAUCGUGAAAGUAAUGGGAAAGGAAUCGGGAAACUUAGAAAGCGCUUUUGGGAUUAAUUUAUCGUCGUUUACGUACGAGGUGAACAAAUGAGACUCAAAUGAGAUUUGUGAAGUCCUUGUGAGGCAACGCUCGACCAAUGUGUAGGACGUUCUAUACACUUUCUUUCUGUGUCUGAGACUAGGGCAACCUGUUUUGUGCCUUCCUGCCCUGUUUCUCCUAUGUUUUAAUAUUAUCAUUCUCUGCGGCAUCAUCUCUCUUCUGCCGCCAUACAAAACUUUAGGAUACGAGGCUUUUUCUUUACUCACUCAUGUUAAAUCCCCGCUUCUAUCCCCGCUUCCGAAAAUUCGUAUUACUGUUUAAACCCCGCUCAUGACAUGGGUAAAACAGGUAUUUUGUUAAUUUUCCCGCCACCGGGGCGAACAUGUUAAAUGUGUCUUAAAUCCCGGCAUUGGCUGCGUUAAAUCCUCGCUAUCUCCCGCUAUGCCGCUGGGGUCGGGGGCCAGAGUUGCAGUUGGCUAAUGCAUUAUUUACUUUAUUUAGUUUUAUUUUUCUGCCCGUCAGAGAUAAUGAAACACGCUUUGGAACCUUCAUUAAUUAGCGUCUUUUACUGAAGAUUUCCGAGUUGGCGGUAGUUAUUCUUGGCAGUUUCGUUAAAAGGUUUUAAAUUGAGAACCCGUGCAUUAAGAAUAGUUUUAUUUUAUUGUUGCAGGCUAUUCCAAGGAACCCCUUGCUUUUACCUGAAUCAUCUGAUCUCUUUUCUGAUUCAUCAUCUGAAUCAACUUCUGAUUCAUCA